AUGUUGGCUGCGAUCGCUGUCUAUUUCCUCACCUGUUGGGCUGAAUAUCUGGAAGUAGUCGAGACAAAGUACGUCAUUCGAGAGGAAAUAUACGAAUCAGAUGCUCCAGUUUGUUUGGGUGUUUCUGUUAGGCGACUAGGAGAACCGCCAUCACGGCUCAUAGAGACAUGCGCUCGACUAGUCAUGAUCAUCUCGCUCGUCAUGUUCGCCAAGGGAGUGCGAUUGGGCUGGAAGAUUUGGCACAUCAGAAGAAUACAAGUGGACCCCGAAGAAUUGGAGAACAACCCAAUAAAAGUGCUUUCAGAAACUCUGCAGAAAGAUUUUCUCAGCCACAUCGCUGACUCAGGGCUGCCAUUCUAG